AUGAAACCACGCCUUGCUUACGACGAUAAAGCCUGGGAAAGAGGAACGAUUAUCUACAAACGCUGGUUCAAAUAUCUCGAUGAACAUGACCCCUUCAACGCAGUUGGUCGCUUUCUUGCCACGCAUUUUUAUCCUCGGGAGUGGUGCGAGUUCGAUAUCAUUGCCUUGGGUGCAUUCAAUGUCUGCUUUCAAAUCGUAUUUACCGAUGGCUUCACCGCUCUUAUCAGGUUCCCAUUCCCUGGUAUUGUAAUGUUUCCCGAAGAGAAAGUCCGCAACGAAGUCAGGGUCAUGCAGUUCAUUUUGGAACAAACCCAAGAACUACACAAAAUUCCGAUUCCGGUACCUUCUAUCUCUCGCUGGGGACAGAAGAAAGAGAGCCCCGCAGAACUAGGCCCUUUUAUCAUCAUGGAAUAUAUCGAGCACCAACAAAGUAUCUGCAGGCUUAUGCAGAAUCCAGAAUCAGAUCCAAGCGUCCGUGCAAUUUUGAAUCCCAACCUCGAUACGGUUAGGCUGGGAGGGCUCUACAAAAAACUGGCCAAAAUCGUUCUUUCGCUAUCUACUCUUACACUCAGUAAGAUAGGGUCUAUUGAGCUUGAUCCAAAAAGUAUGACGUGGAAGGUUUUGAGUCGGCCUUUAUCAUAUUCCAUGAACGAGGUUGUGCAACUGGGAACAGUGCCCCGAUCGAAAAUACCAAAUAGCAUAUACUCCGAAGCAUCGUCGUACUUUGACGCCCUGGCGGAACUGCACCUUUCGCACCUCUUCAGUCAAAGGAACGAUGCGGUUGACUCAGAGGAUGAUUGCCGGCGAAAGUUUGUGGCGCGACUUCUCUUCCGAAAACUAAUUCGAGACCAGAAAUUGAGAGAGAAAUGGUUGCGCCAUGAGAACGGCCCGUUUCCAGUCUGGUGCGAUGACCUCCGACCAGAGAAUGUUCUCGUUGAUGAAGCUGAGGAUAUUGUCGGAGUGGUGGACUGGGAAUAUACUUACGCCGCCCCUCUCGAGUUUUUCCCAUGCACCGCCUUGGUGGCUUCUUAUUGA